GCUGCUCUUACACAGACUGUGGAGUUGUUCAUUGUUUUAGGGUCAACUUUUAGUAGUGGAUGUCACCAUGUUAUACUAGGACAGAUGGAUUGUGUAACUGAUACAGUGUAUUCAAUAGCUGGUUAGUCAGCAUGAAAUCAAAUGUUUCUAUUUAUUACAAUAGUAAUAGUGUGUUAUAUAUAUAUGUGUGUGUUUGUGUAUAUAUUUAAAAUAUUCACAAUUAUAUUAUAAAUGCCCUUGCAGUUUAUUAUAGAAAUAUUUUUCUGAAAAUCUCGGAUAUUAAAUUACAGAUUAUUUUGAAUAUCUAUAGAGAGUAUAAUUUUUUUUUUAAGGAGAUCUUUCUACCAUGGUGUUUGCAAUUAAUGGGAAACAAUAAGUAUUAACUUUGUAAUCAUGAGUGACACAAAAUUAUUGUGUAAAAAGCUAUUAAUUUAAUUUUCAUUUGGAUCACAGUACUUACGACGGUUAGAAUAAAAUUGCUCUGAUAAUGGGUAUUCUCAUAAAAGUAUGGGAUUGUUCUUGUUGAAUUAGUGACCUAGAUAUAACAGCAACAAGAAAUUAAAUUUCAUGCUAGAGAAGGAACAAUGUCAAAUGUAUUUGAACUCACAAUAGACUGUGAUAUUUGCUCAGUAUUUUUAUCUCAUAAUGUUAUCCUACUGGUAUUAUACCAUAUUUAUGGUCUAAAACAAGAAUUUCUGUUAAAAUAUUUUUUAAUUAAAAUGUUUUGAUAUAAAAGGGGCAUAACAGUUCUGAUCACAUACCAAUUAAAUUUAAAACAAUAUACUUCCUUAAAUAGUUAAUGCUAUUUUAAUAGACAAUACCUAAUGUGGUAUACUUUUGUUUUUUAUCGGAAUAGUCAGCAGAAAUUAUUAUUGUCUUGAAAUCAGAAUAAUUAUAAAAGAGUUAAAUGCUUGAUGGAUUUUUUACUAUUAAAUUUAUGGAUGGAGCAAGUAUCUUCAAGUGUGUUUAUGUCAUGGCAACAACUGGCACAAAUGCCAAAGUUGGCAUGGAAAAUUUAAAAAAAAAAUAUUUUAUUAUAUGUACAUUUAAACUUUGUAGACUAAAACUUAAUUAAAUAUACCAAAUAUAAAACACUGACGUCUGUUUAAGUUUUAAGUUAUAUUAUAUAACAUAUUCUACUGUUGCAGCAAUAAGAAAAAAGAAAUUUUUGUAAUUUAAAACUCUUACAAUGCAUGAAAUAAUAAAAUGUUCCCCUAAAUUUAUGUUGGUAUACUGGAGAAUUUCACUAAUAUUUAAGAAAUUUUAAAAUUGAAGGUUUUAUUAUCCUCACUUUAUAACGGUUGGACACCCCUGGAUCAUGGGCUGUUAAUUAAAUGAGUCAAUUAAUUCUUUUCACAACUGCAAACAUAUUCCUUCAAAUUUUUUUAAACAUUUUAUUUUAAGGUUGAAGUCUUAUUGGAGUUGUGAAAAUUUCUCUGAAAGCUUGUUUAAAGGGAUUCAGUUUCAUUUAUUUGCUUUACCUGCUUUGUAAUAAAAUGUGUCUGAAUAGUUACCCAUUGUGAUUCACCAAUUGUCCUUUUAAAAAAAUACAGCGUUUAACUGCAGUCCACCAAGGACCAUCCAAAGAUUUUUAUCGCAUUAGCAAUGGCGUGAUCAAGUGUACAAAUAUUUGAGAGCAUAUUUCUAUUUCAUAACAGUUUUAAACAACUUUAUUAUGGAGUCCUGCAAUUUUUAAGUUGUUUUAUUGUUAUUUGUGAGCUCUAAGGUUUGUAAUAAAACUAUGGUUAUUUGCUGGGCCGAUAUUACUGGAGGCGCCACAGUACAUAGCAAUAAAACCUGCACAUUCAGGGUGAAGAUGCCCCCUCCCCUGCCCUACCGAAAUGACAUCCCCGUUAUGCCUAGCAAUGAUCUUAAAGGAAUGAAAUGUCUGUUUACUUUCCCCAGUUUGAGCCACUGCCUAGUGAUGUACUGCUUGGAAUGCUAAACAAAGAACACAGGAUCUGAUGUACCGGUUAUUCAACAUGCUUCUUACAGAAAGACUUGCCAAUGUUGUCCUACUCUGUUGUAUGAUACAACCAGUAGUGCUUGUGAAAUAUCCAUGUGAUCUUAGAAUUUUUGUGGAAGAUUAUGAAGUACGCUUUUUUCAAUCUAUUAAAGAGGGCUAUAGCAUAAGAGUGUGUUUUAUUAGUUAAGUAACAACUUUUAUAACUUCUGAAUGUUGGAAUCCAAUGUUUCUAUACGAAUAGGAAUCAAAAUUCCAUCUUAGUAGGAAUAAUUAUAUCUUUAUUAUUCAAUGUCUGCAAUAGACAUGAUGUUAAGAUGCCUUGUUAUAAUAAUAAAUCUGAAUUUGGCAGGGAUUUAAUUUUAAUCUGAACCAAGUUAAUGCCAUUAAUUUAACUUUCUUUCUUAUGAAAUGUGGAGUUUCAUGAUUUUUUUAUAUAUUAUUCAUAUAAGUAUUGUGAAUUCAUUAUUUUUUUAAAAAUAUUUCUAUUUCGUUUAUUUAGAAGAUGUGAUUAUAUUUACAGACCUGUUUACCCUUGGGUUAAGGUCAGCUUAGUUUUCAGCUCUCCAAAAUGUAGUUUGUAGCUACAAAGAGUAGGUUUGUUGAUACAAAGAGUAGUUUUGUUGAGAGGGGGGGGGGGAGGAGGGGGGCUGGUGUUUGCAUUCAAUAAACAAGUUGUGUAAGGAAUUCCACUCAACUACUUAUGUCAUUUAACACAAAUAAAUAAACAGGAUAUAGUCCUGUGAUUUGUUUCUUAAGAAUGAGAAAAGAUAUAAGGCAAGCACUGUGGCAGUUAAGUAUUAAAUACGCAAUUCUCUGAAAGAUAAUAUUCUGGUUGGUUUAUUAAAAUCAAGAACGCAAAGGGCUAUCACUUUAAUUCUUAUUUGAUUUCUUACGGUGUUAAUGUUAACCCACACAAAAAACCAAUAACUUUUUACAGAAAAACGCCAGAAUUUAUUUUUUUUAUUAUUAAAAUUAAAUCAACAUUCUAAAAAAAUUCCAAAAACCGCAGGUUUUUUUUUUUUAGGCUUGUCUUAGGCUUAAAAAACCUAGUUACUACGGCAAAAGCGUAGAGGUAAACAGGUCUUUAUUUAUAUCUGUUUGUAUUUUGGGAAUUCAAUUAAAAAGCUUACAUUUAUGUUUAGCAAAAGGAUUCCGAGGUUAAAUUUGUCCUUGUCAGAAAAAAUAUUUGAAAAUAAAUUUUCAUGCCUACCCUACACAAUAUGACUCAAUCAUCCAUUCGCAGUUUUACAGAUAAGGUUUAUCUUUCAUCCACAGGUUGACAACACUAAUAUUUGUCUUGGUGAAUAUGUAUCUAAAGGUAAUGGACUGUAUGCAUCAUGCCCUGAUAUGCACAGAUAUAUUUAAGCAUCUCUUCACUCACCCGGUGUAUUGUUGAUGAGAAAUAGGCUUUUAACAAGAUAAUCGUUGCUCUCUCAGCAAGUUAAAAUGUCAUGUUCUGUGUAACUUUAUCAAAUCUUUACAAGUCAAGUUAUUUAUUUUAUCAUUAAUUUUAUGUUUCAUUCAAGGGACUCAAAAAGUCCAAGAUUAUUGCCAUGGCCCUAACAAGUAAAAUGCUAUCUGUUGCAUUCUAGAUUAACGUCCACUGUUCAAGACUUUGAUAUUAUUUUACAUUUAUUGUGUACAAUUACACAAGUUUUUUUCAACAAAUUGGAUCACUAUUAAAUUUUUUUUCUACGCAGAAUGUCGACCUUUUGUGUCAAGCUUUAGCAGGUCUGAUCUGCCACAAGAUUACCCUAAUGAAAGUUUGUCCAUAGAGAGGCCCUCUAACAUCAAUCUGGUGGGCUUGAACAGUCCAUACCCAGGAGACAAUAAUAUAUAUCCUGGUCUCACCAUCCAAUGGGGACCCCCUCCUUCAGGUAGGACUUUGAUCAUUAAAUAUUGUAACACCUUGUAAUCUUAUGAGAUGGUAACAUGUUCACCAUCUUUCAUACACUAUAUAAUUUUAUUGUGGGAAUAUUCAGUUGUGUUUAUUAAGAAGUAACCAUUUACGUUAUUUAAUUUUUUAUUAAUUUCAAUACCUUUGCACUAUGUGGGAAUGGGAAAGUCAUUUAACUGUCAUCUGAAAUGUGUAAAUUAAUAGCUGUUAUAGGGAUAUAUUAAACAUUUUAUUCAUAAAAACUUUUUGUAUAUAUGCAGGAUUAUUUUUUUUAUGUGCAAUAUGUUAAUUUUUUUCCAUUAACCUUUUUUUGUAUUUAUUUCUUAUGUCAUUCCAUUAGAAGCUGCAAAGAGAGAUUUGGAAGGCUUUUUAAUAAUUUGGAAGGAUAAAGACGUCUUUUGCAGACUAUUUCAGUUAAAACCUGGGUCGAUCCAGCAUAACACUAAGGUAUUUUUUACAGAGAUGAUAGUUUACAUAGAACUUGCUGAUAUGAUAGGAUCUGACAACAUCUCAAUAUUUAAUUAGAAAAUGUCCAUCACACACUUGUAUAGAAGAAUAUGAAAACAUGUAGAACAGUGGUCAGUAAACCCUGGCUAAGAAGCUGCUCUUUCCACUAUUAAAUUUCAAUUGUUUUUUAAAUCAUCUAUGUAUAAACCAUCCACCCUAUCUGACUUAUAAUCAGAAUUUAAAAUAAGAACCAGCAUAACUGUAGUUGAUGGUGAUGGGGACCAUGGUGGUGCAAAUGUACUUGAUAUUUUAUUUCUAUUUUUUUAUUUAAUAUUUUUGUCCACAUGACACUUUGCUUAGGUUGAUGAGGGGGGUCUGUGAAGUAGUCUAGGCAGGAGUUGGUUUAAGCUUCUAGAAUCUUAUUAAAAGUUGUUGUUGUUUUAUAUUCUUUGCCUUAGGUGACUUUCAGUUACGACGUAGAGAGACUGAACCCAGUUUCCAACUACUCUGUCAUUGUGUACAGCACUCCUCCACCUAAGCCAGGAGAUCAGAACGAUGAAAAAGUCUUUCUUAGGAUGAGCUACACAACAUUUAGACAAUAUCGUGAGCUAUUUUCACAUCUUCAUAUAGUUUUCUGCAACUAUUUGUAUACUGUUAUACUGUGAUCAAAUACAUUAACCAACCCAGGUUGAAGGUGUGUUGGUAUUUUCAACUUUAAUAUUGCUGUUAUGUUCUGUUUGGGUGUUUGUGCCAUGUUCUGUAGACCCUGUCUAGAUGUUUGUGCUAUGUUCUGUAGACCUGUUGAUGUGUAUGUUCUUUAGACCUUGUUGUGUAUGUGUUAAGUGCUAUGUUUUAGACCUUUAUUGUGUGUAUGAGUUAUGUCUGUAGACCUGUUGAUGUGUAUGUUGUAUGAUCUUUAGAACUUUUUGGUGUGUAUGUGUUAUGUUCUGUAGACCUUAUUGAUGUGAAUAUGCUGUGAAGUUCUACAAUACUGCUGUUGUACAUUUGUUUUCUUUUUUGUGACUCUACUAAUACAUUGGCAUAGAUUUUGAUUGUCACCAAUCCUAUUUCAAUAGCUGCCCAAGGAUUUGCACCUGCCCUCUGGGCACCAUCUUUGUCUGUAAAAACGUGGACCAAUGGAAGUGUAGAUGUGAAGUUUACCCUCUCACCUCCUGAGUUUAACCUCACAUUCUUUGAAGUUCUGCUGCUAAAGAAGUCGUCAGGAUGGUAUAACUUCUAUCAGAAGGUUAACUACACUGGCACGGUUAGUUUGAAAGGAAUUUUCUAAUGUAAAGAUAGAAAUUUGAUGAGGUGAGAUGGUUGAAAUCUGUUUCUGAUAUAAAGAUAGAAUAUGCAGAUGGUAAAAAAUAUGACAAUGCAUUUGCAGAUGCUAAGAAGUAUGACAUAAUUUACAGAUGGUAAGAAUUAUGACAUAUUAUUUGCAGAUGGUAAGAAAUAGAGAUAGAAUUUGUAGAUGGUAUGUGAAAUAAAAUUUGGCAGAUGGUAAGAAAUAUGAGUUAAAUUUGUCAGAUAGUAAGAAAUAUGUGAUAUAAUAUAAGUUACAUAUGGUAAGAAAUUUGAGUUAAAUUUGGCAGAUAGUAAGAAAUAUGAGAAUUUACAGAUGAUAAAAAAUAUAAGAUAAAUUUGCAGAUGGUAAGAAAUUUGAGAUAGAAUAUGAAGAUGGUAAGAGAGAUCUCUUGGUCUAAUCUAACAGUUACAUCCUUAAGUCCCUAUAAGCGUUUGCCACCUCCAUUUGAUAGUAUUAAGAAGGUUUGAUCAAUGGUUCCAUAACACAUUUUCUAAGCACUUUUUAUUGGAUGAGUAUUUUCACAUUCUGGACACACAAAAAUUGAAUGUCAUUAGAAAUGUAAGAAUCAAGACCUGAUAUCAUUUUAUUAUCAUUUUAUUGGUAUCUAACAUAUAAGAGAAAGGGUAAUCACAAGAUGAAUGGUGAUCAUAACAGGAAUGGUUAUCUUAACAGGAAUGGUGAUCAUCGGUGGCAAAGUGAUUCAUAAUUUUGUCUUAAGUUGGUGCAAUUAAUUAUUUUUGUGCAAGUUUUGCCUGGUCAAUUUGGAAAAAUAGACUUAUCUAUGAUGUUCAGGUAACAUCAUCCCCAUGAUGUUCAGGUAACAUCAUCCCCAUGAUGUUCAGGUAACAUCAUCACCAUGAUGUUCAGGUAACAUCAUCACCACACUUGAUAAGUCAUCAGAAAAUGAUGUACUUCUUACGACGAAUCCACUAUGAUAUUGUCUUCAGAUUUUUUAAUAUUUAUCAAGCUAUUCAUCUUGGUGAUGUGUCUUCAAAUUAUGGGUAACAAGUCAUUUCAGUAUGCUAGACAGUAAUACCAAACUGGAAUUUGUGUCGUUUUACUCAUUUGCUGGGUCACAUAAAUCAGCUGAGAUUUUUAUCUAAAGCUAUGGAGUGCUUUUCGAUGGCAAAUUAGAUGUUGUGUUUUCAUGUUCCUCAGGUCUACUCUAAGAAAGAUCCAGAAGGUGCUGUCACAUUUUCUAACCUACCGACAGAUGAAUAUUCGGUUUUGGUAAGUAGGUCAUUGUGUUAAAUUUUAGGUCACUGAUCGCUGUCAGUAUUUACUGAUGAGAUUCCCUGUCAAAUCACAUUGUAAAUUUGGGUCCCAAAUUGUUGUGCAGCAUCAUUGUGGAUUUGUGGGAGUUAGAAACAGGCCCAUUUAUUCUAUUGUUGGUGCUUGUUGACAAUAUCUAUUUAUCAUGAAUCUUCCUCUCAGCUCUCCCCAUCUCGUUUCAAGUGGGUAGCUCAAAUAUAAAGUUCACAUCCUUCUUCUUCUUCUUCUAUAUAUUAAGGGCCCAUGAUCAAUUUAUUGAUCAAUGUUUCUGACAACAUGUCUCUCAAUAAUCAUAUUUCUCACAUCUGUCGCUAUUCGUUCACCGCUUUCCGUCAGAUCAGCUCCAUCCGCCACUACCUCACAGUCAGCGCAACAGAAUCACUAGUCUGUGCUCUUGUUCUCUCUCGUCUUGACUAUGAAAACUCUCUUCUGUCAGUUUCACCAAAACAUUUGGUAGAAAAACUGCAAAAAGUUCAAAACUCAGCUGCUAGGUCAAUUCUAAAGCAAAUAAACGUGAUCAUGUCACUCCACUACUUCAUUCACUUCAUUAGCUCCCCAUACACGCAUUGAUUACAUGCUGUCUGUCCUGUCACAACUUUUUCUCUGGUUCCAGCCAUUCCUAUCUUACUGAACAUCUUACUGUCUAUUCUCACCCCUUCAAAAGCUUCAUUCUUCCGCAGGCACAUAUUCUUUCCCAGAACAUGCACUAAAACAUAUGGUGAGCGAUCUUUCUCUUUCUGUGCCCCAAAACAAUAGAAUUCUCUCCCGUUACACAUCCGCAAUAUAACGACCAUCACAGCCUUUAAAUAUGCCCUCACGCCCCAUCUCUUCAGACUGUACUAUACCUACUCUUUCUCACCCCCAUCUGACUGAUAAACAAUGCUAGAUUCUGCUGGGUUCUGUCCACUGCUGGACAGGUGCAGAUAGUACUUGGGUGGGUGAGGUCAUUGCUGUUUUUAAUUGUAUACGUUUCUGUAAUUGCUCAUUUUUAUGUCAAGCGCAGCGAGCCUAGCCAUAGGCUGGGGUACUGCGCUAUAUAAAAUAACCUAAUAAUAAUAAUAAUAAUAAUAAAUAUUAUAAUUACCAUUUACUUGACAUUAUUUUUUUAUAUGUGUAACAGAGAUAGAAUGUUAUUUUCUAAGCCAUGGAAUAAUGUCUAAUAUUUAGGAUAAUAAUUUGAUAUUGAACUCUGACCAUAACGAAAUGUCUUAAUACUUGUAUUGUUACAGGUGCGACCCAUAGAUCCCUUUCGUCAUGAUGUGACUAAAUGUCUUUGUUGGAAGAAUGAUACUUCCAAAUACUGUGAGGCUGCAUGUGCCAGCAUUAACUCUGAUGUAUUCCUGGUCAAUGUUACAGGUGAGGAAUGUCACUUUACAUGUACAGUUGAACAGAGAUGAGAAGAAGUGACAUUAGUGGAAGUAAACAAGCUAGAUCUAAGAUUGUCACCUGAAUACAUUUAUUUUGUUGACUCUGCAGAAGAACCCGAAAUAAAAACCCCUCUGCUGUCAACUACAACACCAUUAACAGUAAGACCAUCAUCACCUACAGUAGAAAGGCCUACUGCAACUCCCACAGCUGGUGGUGGAUCUGAAAAGCUACCAGCUAAGGCCACCGAUGAUGAGACGGCUUGGGUCAUUGGUGGCUCAACGCUGGGAGCGGUCCUUUUUAUUAUAAUCUGUCUUGUGUUCGCUUGUUGGUUCAGAUCCAAGGAUUCAUUCUCCCUUAUCAAAGGUAUGUUUAUGUCUGUAUUGCCUUUAAUGUCUUGCUCUCUUGUCUAAAACAGAAUAUAAUCGCCAUUUACUGUCCUGUCUGAUAAAGAAUAUAAUCGCCUGUUACUGUCUUGUCUGAUGCAGAAUAUAAUAAAACUUAUAUUUACAUAAAUUUAUUAUCAAUUCUGAGAACUGUCCUUUUUGGGUUAUCUGUUAAAACACAUGUUUUUAAUAUACAUCACACUAACUUCAUAAAAUAAAUGUUUCUGCAUAAAAUCUGAUUUUUAAGAAAUAACUCAUGUAUUUUAAUACAUCAAGUACAUGUUUUUUGUUCAUCUAUAAAGAUAAUAAUAUUACAAUGUAUAUCAAUAAAAGUGUUUCUAAAAUGUCAAAUUUGGAGUGAGUGGGGGGGGGGGGGGGUUGAAAAAUGCCUAAAUCGGGGGGGGGUGGAAAAAAAAAAAAUAACUCGUUUUUUUGGAAAGUUUUAAAAAAAAUUUGGAGGGAGGUAUGGAAGGAGAUCUGAAACAUGCCUAAAUCAGGGAGUGUCAGAAAAACAAAUAUAUACUCGUCUUUAUGGAAAGUUUUAAAAAAAAUGAAGGUUGACUACAAAUGAAAAUAAGACAUGUAUUGAUAAGUUAUAUAUAUUUAUUAUUAAUAAUUAUUAAAUAUUACAGAGUUAAUUUAUCAAUACUUUGGGAAAAGAAGAGUUAAUAAAAUAUGACACUUGGUUCUUGUUAUUUACAGUAAAAAAAUGCUUCCAUCGUAUUUGUCUAGGCACUGACAAACAAAAAUUCUCUUUAAGUCCAUCUUCAGUGGACCCGAUACCAGAUAAUAAAGGUAAGUCAUGACUUCUGCCAUAUUAAGCUUGAAGAUUAUCAUUUUAGUUCUUAACCGUCUGGAACCUAAGCUCACAAGCUAACCUGUUGGUACUUGAAUCGAGACUUACACUUGAAUCGAGACUUACAUGCUAACCUGGUGGCUCCUGAAUCUAGGCUUACAAGCUUACCUGGUGGUUCUUGAAUCUAGGUUCUUGAAAUCUAUCUUCUUUAUUUGAAUUCUGCUUCCAUUCAGGACUGCAAGUGGACAUUUCUAUAGUUUUCAACUCUAGACAUUUCUACAAUUUUCAACUCCAUCUUCUGCAUUUAAUUAACAUCACAGAGCUCUGUUGACAUUUGAUGCUGCGCAACUCCAGUUUCUAAAAUUGACAUCACCAACCUUUACUGAUGUUUAAUUAUUUUUUUAAUAUACUAUAUGACGGCACUGAGUUUAACUUUGUUGACAAUGUUUUCUGUUUUGACUGCAAGUAAAAGCUUUCACAACAGUGACAAUAGUGGGUGUUUGAAGGUGGGAUAUCUAACCACUAUUUUGUAAUUUGUCACAGGCAGUCCAUCCAUUGUCAAAAGAACUGUAUAUAUCAUGUCUGCUGAUGACCAUAAUGCCCAUAUUGAAGUGGUUAAGAGCUUGGCCCAAUUCCUUGAGGUAAGCGCUGGAAACUUUAGGGCUGCUUCUUGGUGGCAGUAAGCAUGAAAUAAACAAUUUUAAUGGAAGAGACUCAAAAUUAUGAAAUGUAUUAUUUCAAUCAAUGUACUGUAGAACCAUAUGUAUAACAUUAUCAUUGUAGCCAAUCACUGCAUGCUUACAAUUGGUUUUUAUGGUUUUACCUCUACCAAAAUCCCAAGUUAUUGACAUAUGGCCAUAAAUUCUCUUUUGACAGCUUGAAUAAGUUGUGUCUUUAAUUAGCAGACUUUUUUUGUCAAGUCUAAUAGCAAUCUUGGAUCCAUGACUUAUCCCGGAAAAGGAAUGAAAUGUUCUAAUUGCUCUGAAAUCAUUGUGCCGCAGGUUCACUGUUACUGUCAAGUUAUCUACCCGCCUAUGGAAGAAGACAUUGACAAAGAGCCCUACACCUGGUUCCUGCGGAGCAUGUCCAGGACGGAACGGAUCAUUUUUGUUGACUCUGAAGGGGCAGAAAAACUUGUUCAAGCCCAUAUAUACAUGAAGACAUACAAGAGUAGAGAGCUUCCACCACAGGGAGACUUGUUUACCAUGUGCCUGAAGCAUAUUUUCAAUAAUGCUGAAGCAAGGUCAAAUCUAGUUCUAGUACAUUUUGGCACAGACCGCUGCCACAAAUCUCUUCACUACCCACCUACCUUCCAGCUACCAAAACAGUUUCCAGGAUUUCUGCGUUGCAUCCAUGGUAUCUCUCCAAAGAGCUCUGCCUCAUAUGCUGUAAGUGUCUUUUCUGUUUCAUUUGAUCAUAAGUAGCUUAACAUUUAAACUGAUCACUGAGGGAGAUCUUUGUUAUAUUGUGUAUGACAGAGGCAGAUGUUUCAUCAUGUUAUCUAUGUCUGAGGCAGAUGUUUGUCAUGUUAUCGAUGUCUGAGGCAGAUGUUUGUCAUGUUAUUGAUGUCUGAGGCAGAUGUUUGUCAUGUUAUCGAUGUCUGAGGCAGAUGUUUGUCAUGUUAUCGAUGUCUGAGGCAGAUGUUUGUCAUGUUAUCGAUGUCUGAGGCAGAUGUUUGUCAUGUUAUCGAUGCCUGAGGCAGAUGUUUGUCAUGUUAUCGAUGUCUGAGGCAGAUGUUUGUCAUGUUAUCGAUGUCUGAGGCAGAUGUUUGUCAUGUUAUCGAUGUCUGAGGCAGAUGUUUGUCAUGUUAUCGAUGUCUGAGGGAGAUGCUAAACUUUUCUUUUUUUUUUUUUACCUGUCAUAUCCAUCGCAUUAUUUGCUCAGGUUGUGAUGUCAGGGAAUUUUACACAAUUCAAAAUCCGUUUUAAUUAUUUGUAAUUAUUUUUUUUACCUUUUUCAAAUUUGAAUAGAGUAAUAUGUUUGGCAGGUGUAUAUGUCUGUAGUUUGGCUGCUGUAUAUGUCUGUAGUUUGGCUGCUGUAAAUGUCUGUAGUUUGGCUGCUGUAUAUGUCUAUAGUUUGGCUGCUGUAUAUGUCUGUAGUUUGGCUGCUGUAUAUGUCUGUUGUUUGGCUGCUGUAUAUGUCUGUAGUUUGGCUGCUGUAUAUGUCUGUAUCAUAGAAAGUUUGGAGCAGGGGGAAUGCUGUGUAAACUGUUGAAUAAAAUAAUUUCAUCUACCAAUAUUUCAGAAUUGUCUACCCAUGUGUGUGGACAACAUCCAGGCUCUGCCACAAGGGAAUCAACUGCUCUCUGCCGUUGAGUUGUCAAAGAGUUUUGAGAGGGACAACCCCCAUUGGUCAGAAAGUUACUUCGGUACAGCAUCAACCGAAUUGCGGACCAUGCAAUCAUGCUCCGGGGAUUCAGGAAUAAACGUAGAUUAUGAUCUGGGUCGAUCUGUCUCCACCCAGGACCUCAGUGGGCUGGACUCUGCAAGUCCAACAUCUCCAACAUCCAAACCGCCCUUCUUUGGAACAAGAACAAAUGUUGAUGCUAUUCAUCCAUCCCAAGUGCCUGAGUUGAGUAUUUUCACUGUCCCUUGUGAUUACGAUAGCAUUUGUCCUAGCUCUGUGAUGGAACAACCAGAUUACACUUACGCAGUUAUUCCACCUGAGUCACCAUCACAGUUUGUUGAUUCCUUCAGUCGUACUGUUAACACUGUCAACAAGGAGAGUGGCUUUGGUUCCAUCUAUGAGGCAGCUUAUGAAAAUGGGAGCGUACCUGGGGAGCAGUACAGUGACCAUUUCACACCACCCAGUGGACUGGAAGACUGUCAGGGGUCUAUACAUCCGCCAGAAUCUCCAUCAGAUAUGGAUAAUACCAGCUCAGCCCUGAGAGAAAUCAACUACAACUAUGACAAGUUUGUCUUAAACAUUUAAAGAAGGCUAAAAGUUGUUUUUUUCAUAGCAAUACACAUGAUUCUGCUCACAAAGUCAGUUUUAACAAUGUCAUUAUUCUGCCUGUUCCCGGUGCUGUGAGUUCCUGGCUGUGGAAAAACUAAUGAGCAGUAUUGCUAUUAUAAAUUGAAAUGUCAAAGAGACAAGGGAGGCUACUCAGGACACUAACUAAACAAAGCUUUUCAUUGUGUUAAAAUUGGAAUCAACGAUGACCUUGAAAUUUGGGUUCAUAAACAAUCUCAAACAUGGACUAUGUAUCAAAUAAUUUUCAGAAAGAAAUUUUUAUUUUAAAAUUUGUUGGAACUCAUCGCCAUAAAGAAUUUUAAAUUUGUUUUUGAUAGAUAGGUUUUUAUUAUUAGUACUUAAAUAUACUCUUAACACUGUUACUGUAUUGAAUAUUUUAAUAUGUUGUUUCAAAAUAUAUUAUACAAAUUACUUGACCAUAGAUUCAGAUGGUUAAAUAUGUUUGUUAAAGACUGUCCAUAAUUAAAGAUAUUUUGCAUACCUUGUUGAAGAUACAUAAUAAGUUAGCUUCAUGUAGUAUUAACAUCUCGGAUACUUCAAGAAACUAAUUAUAUAUAUAAUGAGAAUCUGAGUAAUCUCUUCUAAUGGAUAGUUGAAGUUCCUUACAUUUUGAUGACACAAAUGGCCAGGGCUUUAAUUCAACACUUUUGCCCCCAUUUAUCAAAAUUCUCUCAUUUCCUUUGUUAUUAACCUAUAUAAGUGUAUUCUCCUGAUUUAUUUAUAGCCAUUCCUUGAUGUUAAUUGUAAAAUAGCAUUUAUUGUGAUACUGUGUAUUAUUUCAAACAUUGUUCAAACAUUCUAAUUUCUUAACCAUAGAUUGAGGUGGUUAAAUGGGGGUGUUGGUAUUUCUUAAACUGUUCUUUUGGUACUGGAAAUCCCAUACCAAAUUUUAUCAGAGAAGCUAGGGCAGUGACGCCAAAGCAAAGCCAAUUCCUGCCAUAAAAGAACCAUUGUCCGUUGGUGCCCGUUAACGGUCAAUUUGUCUUCCUGCUAAUUUCUAACUGUCCCCUGUAGUUAAUAUUUACAGAUAUCUUGUUAUAAAUGCACCCCAUAUUAUUAACAGAUGAAAUUAUAGAUCAAAUAUAGUCUAUCACUUGACAAUGGCCUCCUAGAGUACAGCAGAGUGUUUAAGUAACAAUUUGAAGCAUUAUGAGGGGGUCAGUUAACAAAUUCAUUAUGAUUUAUUUGGGGGAGGAUUUUUGUUAAUGAAGAGAUUCUUAGGGGUGAUAGAUUUUCAUUGUGAUGAAAUAAUAUAAUCCAUUUGUACUGCAGCCUUAUUCAACACAGCUAAGUACUAUAGGAGAUUGAUUGAUUGAAUGCUUUUAUAGCCCUUGUGGUCCAUGCUAUUUUAGCAUGCUCACAGCGCUCCAAUGUUCUAAAAUCUUUUUAAAGAAAAAUGGCUUUAAAUCAUCCUUAAAUGAUUUUUUUAUUAUUUUAAAUUUCCCUCAAAGAUUGAGGCAAACUGUUUUUAGGUGCAAUAGCUUCAAAGGAGCGCAUUCUGUAUGACUGCUUUCUGUGUCCAUCCAUACUGAGAACCCCCAGUGAGGACUUUGUUGAAGAACGCAGGUUCUGUAAGGAUACAUCUUUAGAAAUCAGUUUUUUGAAGAUAUUCAGGUGCAGAGCCUUCUAUACAGCUAUAUGCCAGGGACGGCAUUUUGUGGUCAAUGCGCUCAUUCACAGGAAGCCAAUGGAGAUCUUUAAGAACUGGGAUGAAGUGGUCCGAUUUCUCAAUACGUGAUACAAUGUGUGCUGCAGUAUUUUGUACCUUCUCAAGUCUCUAAAUUUGGUUUUUAGGUAAACCCCACAAACAACUAUUAGAGUAAUCAAUCUAAUCUUGAUUGGAUUAAAGUGACUGCUACAGCAUUGGCAGUUCUCUUAUCAAGUUGGGGACGCAGCUAACCCAGGGUGCGUCAAUGACAGAAACAAGCAAAGUUAUAACCUCAGUCUGGUUAAUGAUGUUUAAGAUGAUGAAUAAUUUUUCGGACGUGAGUUUUCACAGAAUUUAACGGGCAGCUUAGUGUAACUGAUCUUUAUCUUGUUAUAUUUUUUUGUCUUGUACAAAUGGUCACUUGUAAUAUAAAAACAUGGUAUUGUUAUAUGGAAAUGAAUAGCUUAUUUUUGUUAAAACCACAAAUUAUAUUUGUCUUUCUUGUUAUGCUUGCCUUCUAUACAGUCUUGUAGGAUUGAACAUGGUGUUAAAAUAAGAUGUUACCCUCAUAUCAACAAUAACUGUGUUAUUUCAUUUAUUUAAAUACUUUUUUUAACAUUGUUUUAUAAUAAUUGUGACCUUGACCUCUCAAUCAAAAUUUCUGUUUAUCUAAUUCCAUUUGACCAUUUUCAGUAACACUCUGUACUAAAAAGUAGAGGCACAAAUAGAAACAUUAUUCUUCUUAAAAGUACUGGUAUUGAUAUGAACAUUCCCAUUCUUUCAAAAAAAUUAUAUUGAUAAAUAAAAUUCCCGAUAAUUACAUGCAGUGGCAAAAUGUUCAUUUUUAUUGAAGUGUAGACAGGCCAGUAACCUGACUGUAGUAUACACUACUAUUUGCUGGUCACCACGCACUGGUAACAUUGUGCUGGUUAAAUCGAGCUGAUGGCAUUGUGCUGGUUACAUCGCUUCACUACUAUAUGUGUAAUCAAAUAAUUUAGAUAUGUUUAUGAAUAUUUUUAGGACAUUAAAUGGUGCAAGACAAUGUGUAGAAAAAAUUAAAUGGCUUGGGGGGUUGAAUCUAUUUUCAUCAUUCAAGUGUCUUGACAUUAGUACUGGGUACUGUAAAAAUUAGUUCUCAAACAUUAUACUUUACCCUUUGUCACUGGGCUGAAAAUAAGUCAAACAAAUUCUAUUUCCUUUACAAACUUUCAGGUUUUCUUUCACCUACCUUAUGAAAACAUUAUCAACAAAUGGCAGUAAACUUGAACUGAGUUCUCCUCAACAAACAUGUUUUGAACUUUUAGUUUUAAUUUGAAUAAAUGCCCAAGUUUUACCUUGAAUAGAAAUAGAAAAAUUCCAGAAUAAACAACAAGGAAUCUUUGGUUUGGUUUUUAAUGCCAAGAAAUUUAAAAAAUGCAUUCUUUUUUUGUGUCCACCACACCAUAAAACAAAAUAAUCUCCCUGUACUUACAUUGGUUCUGUGACAGUAAGUUGUCAUUAUUACACUGUGGGCAGCAUUCAUUAGUCAACUGUACUGUCUUCCUUAAAACUGAUGGUGUUUUUUUUAAAAUAUGUAUGAACUUUAUUUUUCUAAGUUUUACCCAGGAUCACAUGAUUAAUUCUUAAAGUGUGUUUAAAUAAUUGAGACAAAUAUUCCAUUCUUUCAUCUGUUAUUCUAAGAUAUAUAUAUCAUAUAUAUAUAUAUCUGCAUUUAUAUAUUAUAUGCCAUUUUUUGUCAUUAGAUCAUCUCCCUUGUUAUAAAGUGCCUCACAAAUGUAACCAUUGAAUUAAAAAGACUUGAUUAAGAAAACUGCUAAACAUGGUACUUUUGAAAAUAUUAAGAUAUGAAAUAUUUAGAUUUAACUCUUAUACCCAUUACCAACUCUGAAUUACUGCUGAGUACUAUGAAUCUAUGAAUAGUUGCUGGUCUGUGAACUCCCAAUGAGCUGCUGGUUUGUUUAGUUUUGUACAUGAUGUACAUAAACAAGUUCAAAUGACUUACCUAGCAGCUUUGCAUAUAUCUGGUUCAAUUAUUGUACUUUUUGUUUUCAAAACCUGCUGAACAGUAAUGAGCAAUACUGUAUUCUUUUAGAUUUAUUUUAAACUGCUGUCAAUAUGACAUACAUAAUACACAUGGUUUUAACUCAUACACAUCAUACACAUCAUAUUUGUAUUUAAAAAUGAAAAAUAAGAAUCAACAUGUUUUAUUUGAAUACUUGUACUAAUUAGACAUAAAUGGAGUGGAACUCUGCUCAGACUGACAGGGCUGCCAAAGUGAGGUUCACACAUAAAAUAAGUGAAUUAAAAGCAUAACUUCUCACUUAAACUAAUCUAACUUUAACACCACAAAGCUCAAUAAACACAAGAGAUUAAUAAAAUAUGUGGUUGGUGUUUUUAAACAACAAACUUCACAUAUCUUCCUACUAAAAAAAUACAACUCUGUCCAAUUGGAAUAAUGUUAAGACCCGCUAUUAAUCUGAUCUGAUUUUAUGGACCUAAAUCAUUACUUAACAGCAAUUUUUCACUGUAUUUAUUUAACCUUACAUUAAAUAAGCCAUGUUGGUAUAUCUGUAGAGUUUUACACUUUUGACAUUGUUAAUUUUUAUGCAAGUAUAUUACAUAUCUUUAUUAUGUACCAAUGUCAACAAAUUAAAGUUGACAAAUGUCCAUAGACCUUGCAGUUUUGUAGGCCAAUGAUUCAUCAGUGACAAAUCAAAGUAUUACCAAACAAACCAAAUAUGUUGUUUUUUUCAGAUAUUAAUUUAUUUAUUCAAGGUAAAAUUUUAUCUCCAAGAUUUCUGUACUUAAUUCCCUAAGAUAUUGUUGGUCAUGUCAUGUGGGUGGUUUUAUUUUAUUUUUGUCACUUUAAAAUUGUUCAUGUCACUUACUUUAUAUAUAUAUAUAUAUAUAUACAUAUACGUUUUAAAGGUUGUUUAGUCUUGCAGAAUAUCUAAACAAAACACACUGUCCUUUCAUGCAAUAAAGUUAUUUUUUUUUAUAUAAUCUUAAUCUCAGCAUUCAGAUUUAUUUCUGAGUUUUACAAAAAUAUUUCAUAUGUCGAAGAAAAGAAAGUCCUGCACUCUAUCACGUAAGCCAUGAAAAAUAAAAGCAAAACAGCAAUUGAUAGACAGAGUUAUGGCAGAACCAGACUAAUGCAUUAGUAGAUUACCUUGAUGUCUUUUUUUGUUUGUUUUUCUCUUCCCUUUGCUUAUUAAUAUUCAUUGAUUCUCAGAACUUGCUGUAUCUUUGCUAGCAUAGUUAUACAAUAUUUGAAUCAUAGUCUUAAUCCUGCUUUAUUAAAACGAUGUCAUUCUUUUAAUUAACUUGUCCUAGAUAUUUCAAUCUCAAAGCUCUUAUAACACAUGUAUACAUCUUACAUACACACACACA